GCGGCAGGGAGUGGCUGCCGGACCGACCGGACCGCGAGGCCGCUGGGCGGCGGUCGGCUCCUGCUGCCCCUGUGCCGAGACCCCGCGCACCUGGCCAGGCCGCUGGCCCCAACAUGGCCCGUCGCUCCCAGAGCUCCUCGCAGGGGGACAACCCACUGGCACCCGGGUACCUGCCACCUCACUACAAAGAGUACUACCGCCUGGCGGUGGAUGCACUGGCCGAAGGUGGCUCGGAAGCCUAUAGCCGCUUCCUGGCGUCUGAGGGGGCACCUGACUUCCUGUGCCCUGAAGAGCUGGAACAUGUGAGCCGACACCUUCGGCCCCCACAGUAUGUUGCCCGAGAACCCCCCGAAGGCAGCAUUCUCGACGUGGACAUGGAGGGCUCCUCGGGUACAUACUGGCCGGUGAAGUCAGACCAGGCCGUGCCUGAGCUUGACCUGGGCUGGCCCCUGACCUUUGGCUUCCAGGGCACCGAGGUGACCACCUUGGUGCAGCCGCCACCCCCCGACAGCCCCAGCAUCAAGGAUGAGGCCCGCAGGAUGAUCCGUUCCGCCCAGCAGGUGGUGGCCGUGGUGAUGGACAUGUUCACUGAUGUGGACCUGCUGAGCGAAGUGCUGGAGGCCGCAGCCCGUCGGGUCCCAGUCUACAUCCUGCUGGACGAGAUGAACGCACAGCACUUCCUGGACAUGGCCGACAAGUGCCGCGUCAACCUGCACCACGUGGAUUUCCUGCGCGUGCGGACUGUGGCGGGCCCCACGUACUACUGCCGCACGGGAAAGUCCUUCAAGGGCCACGUCAAGGAGAAGUUCCUGCUGGUGGACUGCGCUGUGGUGAUGAGUGGGAGCUACAGCUUCAUGUGGUCCUUCGAGAAGAUCCACCGCAGCCUGGCACACGUGUUCCAAGGAGAGCUGGUCUCCAGCUUCGACGAGGAGUUCCGCAUCCUCUUCGCGCAGUCGGAGCCGCUGGUGCCCUCGGCCACGGCCUUGGCCCGCAUGGACGCCUACGCCCUGGCUCCGUACGCCGGGGCCGGGCCCCUCGUGGGCGUCCCUGGGGUCGGGGCGCCAACCCCCUUCUCCUUCCCGAAACGAGCGCACCUCCUGUUCCCCCCACCCCGCGAAGAGGGCCUGGGCUUCCCCUCCUUCCUCGACCCGGACCGCCACUUCCUGUCGGCCCUGCGCCGGGAGGAGCCGCUGCGGAUGCCGGGGGGCGCCCUGGAGCCGCACGCGGGGCUGCGGCCACUGUCGCGGCGCCUGGAGGCCGAGGCCGGGCCGGCCGGGGACCUCGCGGGCGCGCGGGGCUUCUUCCAGGCGCGGCACCUGGAGGUGGACGCCUUCAAGCGGCACAGCUUCGCGGCCGAGGGCGCGGGCGCCGUGGAGAACUUCGCGGCCGCGCGGCAGGUGUCGCGGCAGACGUUCCUCAGCCACGGCGACGACCUCCGCUUCCAGACCAGCCACUUCCACCGCGACCAGCUCUACCAGCAGCAGUACCAGUGGGACCCGCAGCUCGCGCCCGCCCGCCCGCAGGGCCUGUUCGAGAAGCUUCGCGGGGGCCGUGCCGGCUUCGCGGACCCUGAUGACUUCGCUCUGGGCGCCGGGCCGCGCUUCCCGGAGCUCGGGCCCGACGGCCCCCAGCGGCUGGACUACGUGCCGUCCAGCGCGUCCCGCGAGGUGCGCCACGGCUCGGACCCCGCCUUCGGGCCCGGCCCCCGCGGCCCGGAACCCAGCGGGGCCCUGCGCCCCACCCUGGCCCAGCGCUUCCCCUGCCAGGCGGCGGCCCGGCCCGGCCCAGACCCCGCUCCUGAGGCGGAGCCGGAGCGCAGGGGCGGCCCGGAGGGGCGGGCCGGGCUGCGGCGCUGGCGCCUGGCCUCCUACUUGAGCGGCCGCCAUGGCGAGGACGGGGGCGACGACGGCCUGCCGGCGCCCAUGGAAGCCGAGGCCUGUGAAGACGACGUGCUGGCUCCGGGGGGCUGGGCAGCUGCCGGCGACCUGCUCCCCUCGGCCUUCCGCGUCCCCGCAGCCUUCCCCACCAAGGUCCCGGCGCCAGGCUUGGGCGGCGGCGGCAACGGCCCGGAGCGCGAGGGCGCGGAGGAGCCCGGCCUGGCCAAGCAGGACGCCUUCCGCUCGCGCCUGAACCCCGUCAUCCAGCGCAGCUCCAGGCUGCGCUCCUCGCUCAUCUUCAGCGCGUCGCAGGCCGAGGGCGCGUCCGGGACUGUGGCGGCCACCGAGAAGGUGCAGCUGCUGCACAAAGAGCAGACGGUGAGCGAGACGCUGGGGCCUGGCGGAGAGGCCGUGCGCUCCGCGGCGUCCACCAAGGUGGCCGAGCUGCUGGAGAAGUAUAAGGGCCCGGCCCGCGACCCCGGCGGCGGCGCGGGCGCCAUCACCGUUGCCAGCCACAGCAAGGCCGUCGUGUCCCAGGCAUGGCGGGAAGAGGUGGCGGCCCCAGGGGGCGUCGGGGGCGAGCGCCGCAGCCUCGAGAGCUGCCUGCUGGACCUGCGCGACUCCUUUGCGCAGCAGCUGAACCAGGAGGCGGAGCGGCAGCCGGGAGCCGCCUCGCUCACCGCGGCGCAGCUGCUCGAUACGCUGGGCCGGAGCGGCUCUGACCCCCUGCCCUCCCGCUUCCUCCCUGCCCAGGGCCGUUCCACCUCCCCUCAAGGGCCGGACAGCCCUCUGCCACUGGAAGGGCCCGGGGAGCGCCAGGUGCCCCACUCUGAGCCAAAAGCGAGCCCCACCUCGGCCUACCCUGAGCGGAAGGGGAGCCCCACGCCUGGGUUUCCCGCUCGAAGAGGAAGCCCAACGACCGGAUUUAUCGAGCAGAAGGGGAGCCCCACCUCAGCCUACCCCGAGCGCAGGAGCAGUCCUGUGCCCCCCGUGCCGGAGCGCAGGGGCAGUCCCGUGCCCCCCGUGCCGGAGCGCAGGGGCAGCCUCACCCUCACCUUCUCCGGAGAGUCCCCGAAGGCCGGGCUCGCAGAGGAGGGGCCGAGCGGCCCCAUGGAAGUCCUGCGCAAAGGCUCCCUGCGCCUUAGGCAGCUGCUGAGCCCCAAGGGCGAGCGGCGCCUGGAGGAUGAGGGUGGCUUCCCAGUGCCGCAGGAGAACGGGCAGCCGGAGAGCCCGCGGCGGCCGUCACUGGGCCGGGGUGACAGCACAGAGGCUGCCACCGGAGAGGAGCGCGGCCCCCGGGCACGCCUGGCCUCAGCCACCGCCAACGCCUUGUACAGCAGCAACCUUCGGGACGACACGAAGGCCAUUCUGGAGCAGAUCAGUGCCCAUGGCCAGAAGCACCGUGUGGUCCCUUCCCCGGGCCCCGGCCCGGGCCACAGCAGCCCCGAGCUAGGCCGUCCACCGGCUGCUGGCGGCCUGGCCCCAGAUAUGUCCGACAAGGACAAGUGUUCGGCCAUCUUCCGCUCAGACAGCCUGGGGACCCAAGGCCGGCUGAGCCGCACCCUGCCGGCCAGCGCGGAGGAGCGCGAUCGGCUGCUGCGCCGCAUGGAGAGCAUGCGCAAGGAGAAGCGCGUGUACAGCCGCUUCGAGGUCUUCUGCAAGAAAGAGGAGGCCAGCAGCUCCGGGGCUGGGGAGGGCCCGGCGGAGGAAGGCACCAGGGACAGCAAGGUGGGCAAGUUUGUGCCCAAGAUUCUGGGCACGUUCAAAGGCAAGAAAUGAGUCUCCUGGCCCAGCAGCCCAGGCCAGGGUGUCCGAAUUGCUGCCGCGGCCACCCGGAGCCCCCAUGGAGCAAGGAGAGAGCCCUGCUCCUGUGCCUGAGCGGUGGCUGCCAGGCCACGGCUGCUUGGGGCUUGGCUGAGUGCGCCACAGCUCGGGUCCUAUUGGGGCUCACCCAGCAGCUGCCGUCUGUGCCCCUGGCCUCCCCAGUACUGGGGAUCCAGCCCCUCACCACCAGUGCCUUUCUUCCCUCAGCACCUUCUCUCCUCAGCAUCUUCAUCUCUGUACCAUCAGCCUUGCAUGGUGCAGUCCGGCUCUGCCAUAUCUUUGUGCUUCACCACCCCCAUGCCAUUUUUUUUUUUUUUUUUUUUUUUUUGCG